AUGGCGUCGACAGUGGAAGUAGAAAACCAAGGGACUUGGCCUCCGUGGAUACCUCCUACACUAUCCUCAAAUUUGCCAGUGGGCCUUCAAGGGGUUCUCUCUCCUCAAGACUAUCAGGCCAUCAAGAGCAACUUUGAUCAAAUGCUGGCCCCCACCGCUGUCAACAAACGCACCAUGGUGGCCUUCCUUGUGGUCCCACUCAUCGUGCUCUCGAUCAUUCUUGUCACGACGCUGGUCCAGUUCUACCAGGGUGAGCAGCAGAUGACGGUCUACAUCGGCGGUGGGUUUGGAACAUUUUUCUUAGUGACAUCAGUGUUCUCGGCACUUCAGAGGCACAUCAGAGAGAUGAAACGGAGACGUGACAAUGCGUACAACAGUUUCGUGACACAAAUGAAUCAGAAUUUCCCUCAGACGCAGUGGGAGAUCCAGGAGUUUGAAUCGAGAGGCCUCAUCGGCCUCAUCUCCUUCACAGUAGUUCCAACUGGCGCAACACUGCCAGCAGCAAUUGUGUCUGACGGCGUUGCACCUGGUGCGACUGUGCCGGUGGUGGCGGCUGUGGUGGUUGGAUCUGCUGAGACCAACGAGGGCAAUCCGAUUCAAGUGACUCCUAUGGUGGUUUCAGGAGGUGUGAAGAAUUUCUGCUCUGGCUGCGGAGCUCCACGUGGCUCUGGGCCGUUCUGCAGCCAAUGUGGGCAGCGUUUGGAAACCGCGUAG